AAACUGCUGGUGUAAUAGCCUCCAGUUUUGCAUUCCCACACCUGCUUCUCCAAAAAUCUCAUCCUUUCAUUAUAUAUACACCGAAACACCCCCAGCUUCCACAAUCCAACACCAACCAAACCCAUAAAAAAAAGUUCUUCAACAAAAAUCUUUCCAAAUCCUAUUUUGUAUCACUUCCAAUUUGAGGUUAUACCAAGAUGAGUUCAACAAGCAGAGUCUGGACCGUGGCAGCGAGCAUUGGAGUUGUAGAGGCUAUGAAACACCAAGGCGCGUGCAGAUGGCAUAACUCUCUCAAGUCUAUUCAGCAAUAUGCAAAGACCAAUCUCAGAUCCUAUUCACAGGCUAAAAGAAUUCCUGCCCGUUACUCUUCUUCUGUGUCUAACAAGAUCAAAGCUGAGAAAUUAAAGAAAUCUGAGGAAUCACUCAGAACAGUCAUGUACUUGAGCUGUUGGGGUCCCAACUGAGACCCUCUAAUUUUCUUUGUAAAUAUUGUCCACCAUUUCAUUGAAAUAUACGGCUUUGAAUUUUAUCA